UCCUCCAAACUGAAGCUGCUGACAGCUGAUAAGAGGGAGAUACUACAGUAGCUUCUCACAACCUCCAAGCAUCAUUGUCCUCAUUUUGCUGCACAGAAAAAAAAAGGCUUGCACCAUGAGCAACACAUAUGAUGUUAUUGUAAUUGGAGCUGGCAUUUCAGGACUUACAGCAGCCAAACUUCUAGUUGAAUCCGGACAGAGUGUAGUAGUUUUAGAGGCUCGUGAUAGAGUUGGAGGAAGAACUUUUACUGCUAGGAAUGAUAAGGUCAAAUAUGUUGACCUUGGAGGAGCAUAUGUGGGACCAACUCAAAAUAGAAUUCUUCGCAUAGCCAAAGAAUUUGGAGUGGAAACAUAUAAAGUAAAUGAGGUGCAACGUCUUAUUCACUAUGUAAAGGGUAAAUCAUAUCCCUUUAACGGUUCAUUCCCUUCAAUGCGAAAUCCAUUUGUCUAUUUGGAUUACAACAAUUUAUGGAGAACGAUGGAUGAAAUGGGAAAAGAGAUACCUAAUGACGCUCCAUGGAUGGCACCUCAUGCAGAGGAAUGGGACAAGAUCACAAUGAAAGAGCUCAUUGACAAGGUUUGCUGGACAAAUGCAGCCAAAAGGUUUGCAACACUUUUUGUGAAUGUCAAUGUGACCUCUGAGCCUCAUGAAGUUUCAGCGCUGUGGUUCCUGUGGUAUGUGAAGCAGUGUGGUGGAACAACGAGAAUAUUUUCAACGUCUAAUGGUGGCCAGGAAAGAAAAUUUGUUGGUGGCUCUGGACAGAUAAGUGAAAAGAUAGCAGACCACCUUCAAGGUCGGGUGAAACUUCAAAGACCUGUAGUGCGCAUUGAUCAAACAGGAGACAAUGUUCUUGUGGAAACUCUAAAUCAUGAAAAAUAUGAGGCCAAAUAUGUUAUCAGUGCCAUUCCACCUGCCCUAUGUCUGAAGAUUCACUUUAACCCUGAAUUACCUCCUCUAAGGAACCAGCUGAUUAAUCGUGUACCAAUGGGAUCAGUCAUAAAGUGCAUGGUGUACUACAAAGAAGCCUUUUGGAGAAAGAAAGAUUAUUGUGGAAGCAUGAUAAUUGAGGAUGAAGAUGCUGCAAUUGGACUUACUCUUGAUGAUACCAAACCAGAUGGAACUGUUCCAGGCAUAAUGGGAUUCAUUCUUGCUCGAAAAUCAAGAAGGCUGGUUCAUCUCUCAAAAGAAGAGAGGAUGCAGAAAAUCUGUGAACUGUAUGCAAAAGUACUGGGAGAAGAAGAAGCUCUACAUCCUGUGCAUUAUGAGGAAAAGAACUGGUGUGAGGAACAAUAUUCUGGAGGCUGUUACACAGCUUAUUUUCCACCUGGAAUCCUGACACAGUAUGGAAGAGUUCUUCGAGAGCCUGUUGGACAGAUCUUCUUUGCUGGCACAGAAACUGCCACUGAAUGGAGUGGAUACCUGGAAGGAGCUAUCCAAGCUGGAGAAAGAGCUGCCAGAGAGAUCCUUUAUAAAAUGGGCAGGAUUUCAGAGUGUGAUAUAUGGAUGCCAGAGCCACCAUCAGUGGAUAUCCCUGGCCUGCCAAUUACUACUACCUUCUGGGAGAGAAAUCUACCGUCUGUGCAGGGUUUGCUAAAAUUCAUUGGAUUUUCAACACUGUUGACUUCAACGGCAGCCGUAGGCCUACUGGCAUGUAAAAAGGGACUACUCUGUCGUAAUUAACAUUUUUUACAUCCUGUAUUAAUUUACAGUUCAACUCCAGAGAUAUUUUCAUGUGCAGAAUGUACAGUGAAAUCUACUUAUCUAAAUACAUUUAUUGCAAUUAGA